ACACACACCUCACAUAUUAAACACAUUCUUCCCAUAAGGAAGCUCUUGUUUUUAUGACAAAGCACUUUCUAUAAAUACUGUGGGCUCUCAACGGCAUAUUGAGUAAUCGAAAGUUGAGUAUCGAAAGUUCGUCAACCAUGUUGACACGGCGCCAUUCUAUUUGUGUUUCCCUAAGGACGGUUAAUUUCACUAACAUUUAUUUGAGUUUGAUAGUUAUUUAAACUCAAUAUGUCAAUAUUAACUGCAAUGUAUUUGGAACGACUCUACAUCGCACGAGUGAUGUACCUGCAGACAGACUUUUUCAACCGGAGGUCCUGAGAAAAAGAUCUGCCACAUAAAUAAAAAUGUGCCUGUCCGAGAGGACGCCAUUUUGGUCCCUGGCUCUGAUUGCCCAGCUGGUGUCACCUGAGCCGGAAUGGAGCAGGCCACAGGGUGUGAAUCAAUCUUUGUCUCUCCUUGGCUACCUUGAAACCGGUCUGGCGGGUGGGAAAAGUAGCACACUGGGACACACCAAUUUCAGUGAAGAGGAGAUGAGAGAGGGAGGGGUUGGAUGGGGGGGGGGCAGUCCCAACUGUGUGGCCUGGGUGGAGGGUUUCAGGGACAGACAGCAAGAGGAAAGAGGGAGUGUCAAAUGUGGCGUCAGCAUGCUCUGAUCACUGUUCUGGGACUGUUUGAGUGGCCCUGUGAAAAGCCUCUCCUACCAGGUCUCACCUCCACUCUCCUCACUGCUCCCCCAGCGUCCGAUGGCAAAGCAUGACCCUAACGAGCUCCCUCCUCCAUACUACUCUGUUGAGGUGCACACCCUCCCGUCCCUCCAGUCCUAUGAAGAGGCAGUCUAUGGCGCAGGUCCAAGGCCCACUCCUCCCAACCAGCUAUACUACAUCCCCCAGCACCCCCCACCGGUGGCUGUGCAACACAUCUGCCAGCCCAGUAUAUCUCUUCCUGACAACAAGAGGAAACACAAAUGCUGCCAGCAGAGUGCCAAGUGCUUUGGUGGCUCAGGAGGCAUCGUUCUGCUGCUCCUCCUGGCCAUUGCCAUCUGGCUCGGAGUGCAUUACGGUACCAGGUUGGCAACUACGGCUGCCACCCUCGACCACCAUGACAGUGAGGAUGAGGGGCACCCUGAGAAGCAGUUGAGCGUGCCCGCUCACGACACCUGCUCCAACUCCACCGUCCAAUGUGACGCUCUGCGGGACUGCCAACUGGGCACGGACGAGUCCAGCUGUGUGAGGUUUGGGGCGGACGGUGCUCUACAGGUCAGAACGUCUCAGGAUGGUCGUUUUCUCCCAGUGUGUUACCAGGGAUGGAACCAGAGCUACGCCAACAGAACCUGUGCCCAACUGGGCUUCAGAAAGUCCUUUGCAACCAAGGCAGUGAAGUCCCAGCAGUCAAUUGGUCUAACACUGAACAACAGAUCAUCUUUACCCAUCCAGGGCCAGGUCAAUGUCAGCUCGUCCUGCCCAGACCAGAAUACUGUCUCUCUGAAGUGUAUUGAUUGUGGACGUCAACAGUUGUCCUCCCGGAUCAUAGGGGGCAGUGUUGCCAAGCUGGGCCAAUGGCCCUGGCAACUCUCUCUCCACUUUGGUGGAUCACACAUCUGUGGAGGGAUCCUGGUGUCCCUUGACUUUGUGGUGACAGCUGCCCACUGCUUUCCCAGGUCGUUCCACCCGGUUCUUGAUGCCAGUAGGUGGCGUGUGUACGGAGGAGUGGUGUCACAAGACCAGCUUCCUCCUCCCUACCUCGUCAAGAAGAUCAUCGUGAAUGAGAACUACAACAAUGUAACCAACGACCAGGACAUCGCCAUACUGAAGCUGGCCUCACCAGUGGACUUCACUAAUGCAGUUCAGCCUGCCUGUUUGCCAGCCUUUGACCAGACAUUCCCCCAUGGAACCAAAUGCUGGACCUCUGGAUUCGGAACAACAGAUGAGUGGGCAGCAAAACCCUCCAAAGACCUGAUGGAGGUGGCUGUUGACAUCAUCGACGUACGUGUGUGUAACAGCUCCAAGGUAUACUCCGGCAGUGUGUCCAACAACAUGCUGUGUGCCGGAGAUCUCAACGGGGGCAGGGACUCCUGUCAGGGAGACAGUGGUGGUCCUCUGGUGUGCCAAGCCAGUGACAACCUUUGGCAGCUGGUGGGCGUGACCAGCUGGGGCACCGGCUGUGGGCAGAGUAACAGGCCGGGAGUCUACACCAAGGUGUCCAGCCUACUGCCCUGGAUCUACAGCAAGAUGCAGCUGGAAAGUCCGUGAUGCCACUUCCUUUCCAGUGACCUCGCCGCAUUCUGUCCCUAAAGACCGCUGGCGGCCUUCUUUGUCCUUCCUCUCUGAACACCACACCAUGAAGUCUUCUCAGAAUGAUACUAGAUUGACAGAUCAAGAUGGAUAGAUCGAUGGGUCCACAGAUGAAAAGAUGGCCGCUAGCUAAGGGAGUAACAGGAAAGGCAUACUGCACUUUACUGUACCUUCUAAAAUCACAAAAUGCAUUGUGUUUACUGUAGUUAUGCCCAAUGGCUGCAACACUAUGUAAAAUAUGUGAAUGUAGGCCAAUCCAUUCUGGGCUCUGAUUCCAGUGUUGUGUUUGAAUGAUUUGAAAUCCCAUCUGUUUUUCUAAUCUUACGGUAAGGAUAUUUACCUGAGAUGGCUGGCCUUUCUCUUUUCUAAGUCUAUGCAAACCUCAUAUCCACUCACGCUUCCCAUCUCUCCUAUGUUUAAUUUAAAAAAAAUAAUAAUAAUCUAAUAUUUUGGGGGA